CUUGAUGGAUCCCUAAAUGCUCUAGCAUUAAAAAAACUGCUUUUCAAUAAUUUAUGAAACAGAUUAAUGUUUGGAGAAAAACCUUUUUCCCAUUGGACCCAAAUAUAAAAUUCCGCAACCACAACGAUUCGAAAAAAAAUACUGUCAUUGAAGAUGUCUAAAUAACGAACUUGUCAUAGAUUCUGAUGUCAAACAUAUUUCCAAUUUCCAAAAAAAGCCGUAAAUUAAACUGAAUGUGCACAAUUUGAUGUUGCAUCGAGCCUGCCGGGUUGUCCAAGCAAAACAAUGUGGCAACUGGAACCAGACAAAUGGUUCCCGGCUACGUUGUCUUUGGAGUAUUCCUUGUAAUAUUGUAUAGCCUCACACAUGAGAACAGUCAGUUUGCAGCAACAGCAUCUGUCAUCCGGCAGAUAUGGUCUGGUGGGUGUCGCCUGAGCUGCCGACAUAGCGCGCUCAGCGAUGGCGGCAUCAGCGGCCUCAGCGGGCUGGUGGACGCCUACCGCGAGGAGGAGGCCAGGUGCAUCUGCGAGGCCUGCCCUUGCGCGCUCAUUGAGAACUUCUUGAUAUCAUGCAGACCGGCGACUCAAGUAUAUACCUACACAGUGGGUUUUCUUGUUUCUAUGAUAAUUGCCGUUUAUAAUACAUUCUAUGACGCAUAUAGACGCAUCAUCAGCGUGAUGCAGUGUGGCGCCUCAUGCCGGAGACAUGCGCAGUUGGUUGAUUCUGAUGCAAAUUCAAGUGAGAAUUUUACCCUGGUCGAAGAAAAACCGAAAAUGCGCGUGCGCCCAAAACCGCAAACAAAAAACGCAUCAACUGGACCAUCCGCUUCGGUUGCCACGUCGGCAAAAACAUAUGAUUCAGAAGCGAGUAAAACCUCAUCCAGCAAAACUACCCAAGAAUCCUUGUUGUCUGCAUUGAAGUCAUCAUUCACCUCUGCUGCCAGUUCAGGGUUAAGAAGUAUUACUCCUUCCCCAAAGGAAAAGACUCCGGAAGAACGAAGUGUUUCGAAACAACCGUCGCUCCCACCACACUCGUCACAAACACAACAUGCACCGCAACCGCCAAAGGCUCCAAAACCACAUAAACCAGCACAAUCACCGCAACCUUCAACGCCUCCCAAAACACAAACCAUUUCAGAAGAGACUUUGAAACCAAAAAGUUCAGUGGAUGCAAAGAUGAACUGUUCCAAAUGCGUCGAGACAGGAAAGACUUGUGUAGGUGGAUGUCCAAAUGCAGAAAAACAUAGAAAGAAAAAAUAAAGCUCAUCGUUAUAAC